AUGCUUGCCAACUACGACUAUGAAAGUGACCUGAGGGGUCGCACUGAUGAAUUGGGCCGGGCUCAGCAUGUAGAUGCAUACGAUAAGCACCCGACCUUCCUUGAGUCCCCAUACGCCGGUCAGGAGGAUUUACUCCGAGAUGCCCCCCAGUCGUACAUGGACGGGCCUCCACCAGGUUACGGGGGUCAUGAUGCAUACGAACACGUCGAUAUGAACGGUGGAGGUUAUGAUUUACCUUUGCAGCCGCAAGCCCAAACACAAGCGGUGGAUACCCGGCGCCUGUCAAAGGACCGCCUUGCGCGAGGUGGGCUGAAUAUUUUUUCGUGGAACACCGAUGCACCAACUUUGAACCAUCCUCGUGAGGUGAGGGAGCGAGAUUGUGCUGAAUUGCAGCGCCUACGACCUGUCGAUUCUGCGGCGCAGCGCGACAAAGAAGUGCGUGAGAAAUUCGAAGGCAACACUCAAAGUCGCUUCCUUUGCUUCAGCGAGAGCGAUUCACCGGGCAAACGGCGUGGUGUGCGCGUGUUCAACCCCAAUAACAAGAAUGGGAAUUUGAACUCUGGCACGGGACACGAAAACCCAAUCCAGAACCGCUUCAACGAAGAGCCCCAGCCCUUCAAGAUUCGGCAGCAACAACCGAGACCAUUGCCGCAGCAAAACCUUCCACCCGCGGGUCGUGCAACUCACUCCAACCGUCAAGAAAGUGGUGGAAUCCCUGGUUUCGCUGGAAUGGGGGAAGGAAGGCAACAUAAUGCGAGGAGGGGGCGGGGCUCUUAUAGAGGCUAA